AUGCCAUUACUUUUCUGGGGCAUGUCUGAAUGUGCACAUUUUCAUUACAACUAUAAACAUUUCAGUGAAGGCGUUUAUUGGCGGGAUACUCGUACUAAAGUCAAUCCAGUAUUACUGAAACCGAAGCUCGUGAAACUUUAUUCGCCAUUACUGGAAGAAAUCGCUGAAGAAAUGGUUAAAAGAUGUUUUUAUUAG